CUAUUAAGAGUAGUAACAAAUUUUACAUUUUUUUCUAAGUGAAAUGAAAAUGGAAUACUCUGAGGAGACUGUUUGACUGUUGUAUUAGUGUUAUUGAUAUACAGAAAAUAAGAUGAAAUACAGAAAAAAGUUUUUUGUGGCGAAAAAUACCAAACAGUAAAACAUGAGCAAAAGUGAGAAAUAUUAGUUAAAGCACGUCACAAAAUCAAAAUGUCUGUCACUUUUUACACGAAUACGUAAUGCGUGUAAAUUUCUGGACUUAAACAUCGCAAAUCCUUGGUGAAAAGACAGAUUUUUGAUAAAAAUGCUUAAUGCGGGUACUUACGUGUCCACAUGGCCAGUGGUUUCCCAGGCCAUGCGAGAUGGAGAGAAAUUUAUCAAGUGGGACGAUGACUCAUGUAUUGGAACUCCGGUUACAAUGCGAGUUGACCCAAACGGUUUCUUUUUAUACUGGGUUGAUCAAAAUAAUGAAAUGGACAUUUUGGAUAUCACCACCAUCAAGGAUGUAAGGACUGGACAUUACGCGAAGAAGCCCAAGGAUAUCAAACUUAGGCAAAUCGUUACGCUGGGAUCUCAAGAUACGUUAGAAGAAAAAACAGUAACUGUUUGCCAUGGCCCGGAUUUCGUCAAUAAUACUUUUGUUAAUUUUUGUUGCACCAAAAAAGAAAUUGCCCAGCACUGGUGCGAUGGUGUGAUGCGAUUGGCUUACAGUUUAUUUCAACUUAACGGUUCAGUCAAUAUGUUUUUAAAGAAGGCCCAUACUAAGCUUUGUCUUCAAAUAGAUAAAAAUGGCAAGAUACCAGUAAAAAACAUAGUCAAGCUAUUUGCGCAGCACAAGGAUGAUCGAAAACGAGUUGAGAAGGCAUUGGAGAAUAUUGGAUUACCAUCUGGUAAAAUUGAAACUGUCGCUGUUUCAAAAUUUUCAUUCGAGGAAUUUUAUAAUUUAUACAAGAAUUUAACCCACCGUAACGAAGUUGAAAAAGUGUUCGACUGCUUAGUUGGCAACACCAAGCGGAAGUACAUGACAACAGAUCAAUUAGUGGAUUUCCUCAAUAAAACACAACGCGAUCCUAGGCUUAAUGAAAUUUUAUAUCCUUACGCGAACACGCAAAGGGCCAAAGAGAUUAUACAACAGUAUGAGCCUAAUAAAUUCAAUAUUCAAAAGGGUUUGCUUAGUCUCGACGGAUUUUUAAGAUAUUUGAUGUCGGAGGACAAUCCUAUUAUGGCGUUUAAUAAACUGGAUUUGUGUGAUGAUAUGGAACAACCUCUCUCGCAUUAUUUUAUUAAUUCUUCGCACAACACCUAUUUAACGGGACAUCAAUUAACUGGUAAAUCUUCGGUGGAAAUUUAUAGACAAUGUCUUCUAGCUGGUUGUAGAUGUGUAGAAUUGGACUUUUGGAAUGGCCGCACCGAAGAGCCAGUCAUUGUUCAUGGCUAUACAUUUGUGCCCGAAAUUUUUGCGAAAGACGUUCUCGAAGCCAUAGCUGAAAGUGCUUUCAAAACAUCAGAAUAUCCAGUGAUAUUGAGUUUUGAAAAUCAUUGCAAUCCUAGACAACAGGCUAAAAUUGCAAAUUAUUGCCGGGAAAUAUUCGGUGAUAUGCUACUAGAUAAGCCCAUUGAAACGCAUCCUUUAGAACCAAAUGUUGAUCUACCGCCUCCAUCGCUACUUAAACGUAAAAUUAUUAUAAAAAAUAAGAAAAAACAUCAUCAUCAUCACCAUCAUCAUCAUCAUCAUCAUAAAAAAACUGAAAGUAGUAAACAGCUAACAUCCCUUAACUCUGUGGACGUUGCGAAUAAAUCGACACCAGUUUCACAAGGCCCGGUAAUGGACGGUAAUGGCCACGAUGGGGAAACGAACAUCCAUUUGGAAGCGGGAACCAACAGCGGUGUACCACUCUUGCAGCAAAUGCGGCAAAGUUCGAAGGACAGUACAGGAUCAUCGGAUACGGAAAGUUCAAGCGAAGAUGAUUCGUUGCCUGCCCCAGUCCUAGCUCUUUCCAGUGGAAACGAGCCACCUUCAGAAAAAGUGCAAAAAGAAACGGAAGCUGGAGCAGAGAUAUCAGCCUUGGUGAACUACGUGCAGCCAAUACAUUUCAGCUCAUUUGAGAAUGCAGAAAAAAAAAAUCGUUGCUACGAAAUGUCUUCAUUUGAUGAAAAACAAGCUACAGCAUUGCUUAAAGAGCGACCUAUUGAAUUCGUCAAUUACAAUAAGCACCAAUUAUCUCGUGUAUAUCCAGCCGGCACUAGAUUCGAUAGUUCCAACUUUAUGCCUCAGUUGUUUUGGAAUGCGGGCUGCCAACUGGUAGCGUUGAAUUUUCAAACUUUAGAUCUAGCUAUGCAGCUUAAUUUGGGAAUAUUCGAAUAUAAUGGUCGAUCGGGCUACUUACUGAAACCGGAAUUUAUGAGAAGAACUGAUCGUCGUUUGGAUCCUUUCGCCGAAAGUACGGUGGAUGGGAUAAUUGCCGGUACUGUUUCGAUUACGGUCCUAUCGGGACAAUUUUUAUCCGACAAGCGAGUAGGUACUUAUGUCGAAGUGGAUAUGUUUGGAUUGCCCGCCGAUACAGUGCGUAAGAAGUUUCGUACUAAAAUUGUUCGCGAUAACGCAAUUAAUCCUGUUUAUGAUGAGGAGCCAUUUGUUUUUAAAAAGGUUGUUUUGCCGGAAUUGGCCAGCAUAAGGAUAGCUGCUUAUGAAGAAGGUGGCAAACUUAUCGGACAUAGAGUGUUACCUGUUAUUGGUUUGUGUCCGGGCUUUCGUCAUUUAAGUUUGCGCAAUGAAUCGGGUCAACCAUUAAUUCUAACCUCACUUUUCCUUUGUAUCAUCGUAAAAGAUUACGUUCCUGAUGAUCUAUCCAAUUUCGCCGAAGCCUUAGCUAAUCCUAUUAAAUAUCAAAAUGAACUAGAGAAACGUGACAAACAGUUGGCAGUAUUAACGGAAGAUACGGAACCAAUAGAAGAAGAUCCAGCUACUUUGUGUGGUCAUAAAAAGAUCGAUACGAGACCGAUAGAGUCCAUGGCUCUUAGCCCUAAACAUAAGACGAGUUUGACAGCUGCAACAACAAAUGUUGAAGUUACGGGCGAGCAUGAUUCCAUCGAGUCAGCUGCAGCAAUUACUUCAAGUAUACAGCAUCAGCAUUCUUUGGACUUAACUGUACAAACCUCUGUAAAACAAAUAGAGACUUCACAGUUCGACGUAGACAUUUUAGAAGCCGAACCAUUAGAAAAAAUUUUCGAACAUAAGCUGGUGCGUGAAAAGCGAUUAAAGAUGGAAAAGAAAUUGGAAUCUCUACGUAAAAAGCACGAUGAAGAAAAAAUAAAAAUUGUCGAAUCUCAAUUGGGAUCGUUGGAAAGGAAUAGAAAACAAAAAUUUGCUAUUACAAAUAAGCUGGUGAAACGUUUAAGCAACAAAAGUUUAAAUUGUCUAUCAUCCUACAGUAGUAAUCAUCGAACAGAAGUGCCACCUUGUGCGCAAGGCUUAGAUAAUAAAAAUAAGGAUAGCCCAGCUUCGAAAACUCAAUCAGAGAAAUUAUCAAUUGCUUGCCACGAGUAUUCCCAGAAAUACCGUGAAGUACAAGAGAAAUAUUUUGAAAGCGUUUACGCUACAAUCGAAGAAAUUAUGAUACAAUCACAAGCCAAUCAAAUGAAACAGCUGAAGAUAUCUCUUGACAAAGUUACCAGCGAGGUUAUGCAUUCAUUGCAAGAAGCUCGAAGAAACGAAGUUAAAAGUUUAACUUCCGUUCACAGAGACAAAGAUGAGCUCAUAAGAAUGAAACGGGAAGUGGCAAGCUCUGUAGUGGAACGUGGUGUUGCGGAGCGAGUGAAAUUGAAGCAGGCUUUCGAUAAGCGCCGAGAGGAAUUGCAAAGGGAACAUGAUGUCGUACGAAGUAACUUUGCUGAUCAUCGAGCAAAGGCAAAGUAUAUUGUAAACCAAAGUUGUGAGUCAUCAACGUGCGCUACUGGCAAUGGAUUUCUUGUGCUUUUCCUAAACUCAAGCAAAUCACAAAGCAACAAUUUGGCCAGUGGAAGCAGCAAUCAAUUGUCUAUAUCACCUGCACGUUCAAAUGACAGUAUCGGCAAAAGUUCGGAUUGUGAGGUUGCUGCCCUGAGUCAAAUCGAAAUUCUUUCUAAAGUUCUAAAGGCGAAAGCAGCAUUCGGCCUAUAAAUCCAAGUUUCUAAAUUAAUGAAUCAUAUGAUAUUGCUCGAGCGGCAGUGAAAAGCCGUAGGCUUCUUUUUAAAUUUCGAUAGAUGGGUAUUAAACAUGGACCUAGAUGUGUCUAAAGUAAGUAAAAAAGUGCUGGACUUGAAAAGCAAAGGAAUUCUUCGAACAGAUUAAGGCUUUUUAAAAGAAUGUAUUUUUAUUUUAUUAUUGGGAAAUGAGAAGGCAAUAUCAUACAUAUAUAUAUAGAGAAGGCAGACCCCAUUCACAUAUAAAUGUAAAUAAAUAUAAAUUUAAAACAAAUAAAAAUAUAAUUUGAAUUGUACGUUAAUUAUUGUCAAUCUCAUGUAAUUAAUUUCAAAGUGGUUGUGUUUUCACUUCAAAUGUAUAUUAGUGUUGUUCGUUACUCCUAUUUUAUUUCUUUAAAAUUAAAAAAAAAAAAAAAAAAA